AUGCGCCAUGGAAUUAUGGGAGAAUGGCUACGCUCGUUUUAUAGGCAUAUUGACAAGCAAAGACGAGUCCUGCUAUUGCUUGAUAAUUUUUCCGCCCACCUCCUCGCUGUUGAUGAAGCGCCGCCGCCGUCCAACAUCAAGGUAGUCUUUUUCCCUGCAAACGCGACCUCGGUUUACCGGCCAUUGGACCCGUCAGAUGAGAACAUCGACGUCAGCGACCCUGAUUUGUCCGAUAUAAUCGCUGAUCUAUCUGACGACGGUCCUACUAGUGCCAAUGAUGACCAGGAUGAAGAUUACAUAUAUGGGCCACCAACUGAGCUGUUAUCUAAUGCAAAGGCUAUUAGUCAUAUGCAUGAGGUUAUGGAAUGGGUUCAGCAUAAAGAGGGUGCUACGGAAGAGAAUAUUCGAUAUAUGGAGAGCCUAAUUGGUGAGUUUACAAGGUUACAGGUGGAUAGGAGGAAACAGAAAACGUUGGAUGAGAUGGGCUUCCUCCCAAAGAGGAAAUAA